ACGUGACAAGUGGUUUGGCAGAGUCUUCAGGAUAGAAAACUGAAGCCAGCACCAAAGGCACGUGUCUUCAGAUAUGCAGAACAUAGUCUGAUUUUAGGCGUCUCUGAUGCGGCGAGGUGAAGCAGGGUUCGGUUCCGUAAAGACACAAAGCUUCUGUCCCAAGCAGGCAACGAUCUAUACUAUGAAACCGAUCUACAUCCCUCUUGAUCUUCAGACCAAUAUACUCUUAGGGUUGCCUUUGAAAUCUCUAUUGAGAUUUCGAUGCGUCUCCAAGCUUUGGUCAUCUAUCAUCACCAGCCGAGACUUCAGAAACAGGCACUUGAAUAUCACAGCUCCUCCUCGUCUCCUCAUUGUCUUUGCCGAUUUUUACGGAGAAAAGAUUCUGGUAGCCUCGACGCCUAACCCAAACGCACCUUCACACUCUUCUACUUCUAACAAAGAUCUGGUCCUAGUCAAAACUAAAGGCAAAAAGGUGUAUAACGCAUGUCAGGGCUUGAUCUGCGUCGGGGCCGGUUCCAAGGACGUGGGAAUUUGUAACCCUAGCAAAACAAGGACAGUGCAUACUUUUCCCAAUUUCAAAUUCAAAGAUACUCAAGAAAUUUUUGGAUGCCCCGUAUAUAUGUUGGGGUACGAUCCUGUUGGAGAUCAAUACAAAGUGCUUGCCCUUGAUAAUUGGCCAUCUAGGCGAUUUGAGCACAAGGUUGCGGUAUUGGGAGGAGAAGAAACAUGGAGAGAAGCUCCGUGUGUAGUAGCAUAUCCCCACGUUGUUUGUACAAAGGGUUUGUAUAUGAACGGAACCAUAUACUACGGGGCCUAUUUGACGGAUAUUGAUCACCCGCAUAAUUCUAUAGUUGGGAGAUUUGAUGUUAGGCUUGAAACGUUCACCAUCAUCAAAGUACCAAGCAGACUUGUACCGACGAGUUAUCAUAGUAUGUGGCUUGCUGGACCAUGGGUUCUUACGGAUAAAACUUUAAUCAACUACAGAGGGAGAAUUGGAGUGGUGGAGAAUCCUCGUGAGGGUAGUUUUCGAUUGUGGGUUCUAGAAGAUGCUGAGAAAGAGGUUUGGUCUAUGAACACUUUUGCUUUGCCUGAAUCUGCUGCUGGGCUUGACUUCAAGGUCAUGGAAACUUUUUCAACCGGCGAGGUUUGUCUGGUUGCGAAAGAGUUGUCUGAUCCCUUUCGUCUUUUCUAUUACAAUUUGGAGGAAAAAAGCAUGAGAAGUGUUACAAUUGAAGGACUGCCUAUGUCCAAGCUUAAGAAGGACCAUACUUCUUUUUCUGAUUCUGUUUCUGAUUCUUUUUCUGUGUCUGUUUCUGAUCAUUAUGAGAACUCCAUGUCCUUCCAAAACUGAAGUUAACUGAAGACCUUUCUUUACAUAUAUAUAUAUUUUUUUUUAU